UGAACCGGAUGUACACACGCUAAACCGGAGAAGAAAAACUGGCUACAAUUCAACGGUGGCUAAUGUUAGCCGACAGCUACGAGCUAUAAAUAUCAUUUUGGACGCAUUGGCAUGCUGUAAACGGCUCCAAAACACUUAUUCGAAGGUAUUCGCUUCCCCACGUAUACGAGAAUAUAGUUUUACGGCUUCGGAUAUUGUAAGAAAUACAUUUGGCGUUAGCGCACGCCCUGCUAAACAACAUACUCGGUGGUUAGCUGUGGUAGCUUCGUUUGCUUUUUAAUGCAUAAAAUGAGUCUAGCGGUUCACCGCGAGCCCCGAAAGACUGCGGGGAAUCGCAUGUCCAAAUUGCUGGACGCCGAGGAGGACGACGAGUUCUACAAGACCACUUACGGAGGUUUCAACGAUGAAUCGGGAGACGACGAGUACAAUGAAGAUCAUUCGGACACAGAGGACGAGGUGGACAGCGAUUUUGACAUCGAUGAGGGGGAUGAGCCAGACAGCGCCCAGGAAGACGACGCGCCUCGCAGGAAGAGUCGAGUCGUUACUAAAGCGUAUAAGGAGCCUGUGAAGGUGGCCAAGCCCAAGCCCAAACCCAAACGACCAUCAGAGGAAACAAAGAAGAUAGAGAAGAAACCUAAAGCCGAGCUCAAGCGGAGGAUUCCACAAGAAUUUCAAGACUACGGCGCCCGCAAAUCCGUGCGACAGUCCACCAGCGAGCACACCCGCAAGACCAACCUGCGCCUGCAGGAGCGCCAGGACGCCCCUCGCCGCCGGAGGGGGGCCCACCGCGACCGGCCCCUCACCCAAGAGGAGCUGCUGGCCGAGGCCAAGAUCACCGCCGAGCUCAACAUUCGAUCGCUGGAAAACUAUGAGCGCCUGGAAGCUGAUAAGAAGAAGCAAGUCCACAAGAAGCGCCGAUUUGAGGGCCCCACCAUCCGUUACCAUUCGGUUCUGAUGCCCCUCGUCUCGCCGUCGCAUCUCAAAGAGGAGAACGUAGACGUCGAAGGUUUGGAUCAGGAUGUUCCUCAGACGGUGCUGCCGAAUCCCGCCAUGCCCUCGCAGCAGCCCGUCGGUGGCCUCUGCUCGCGCACAUUUGUGACUUUCAGCGACGACGAGGCGUUUAACUGCGGGUUCCCGCGCAGCGCUCAGGCAAGUCCUCAGAUCCCCGUGCAGGAAAUCUGCCCCGUCACCCACAAGACGGCGCUGUACCGGGACCCGGUCACGGACAUCCCGUACGCCAACGCGCGGGCCUUCCGCAUCAUCCGCGAGGCCUACCGUAAGUACGUGGCCGCUCACGGGUUCCCCAACGCGUCGGGAGGGAUGACAGGACGGGACGCGGCGUCGAGAGGCGCGCGCCACAGAAUGCCGGUCAAGCAGAGUGCGCUCGCCACUUAAAUGGGAUUCUUUUUUUCUUUCUUUCCGGGAACACGUCAUCCAUAAAGACUGCACUCUGGACUCUUCACCAUACAGAGGAUGAAAUGAAUUCCGUAGAUUAAUUUGAGUGGAUUGAAUAAUGCCUUUGGACUCUCUCCCACUUUUUUUUUUUGUUUUCCUUGAAUAAACUGUCCUUUUGUACUGUGAAAAGAUGACCUUUCUACAACGAAUAAAAGUAAUUUAUGUUUUG